AUGGGGAAAAAGAAGAGUAAUAAAGCUAAGGAAGUCAAAGAGUUUGUUAUGGAAGGAAAGAAAGCUGCAGAUCAUGCCUACAAAUGGAAAAUCUUCUUGGGGGAUGUUAAAACAAAAAUGGAGUGGAAGGAAAAUGGGAUGAAGAAGAGUUCUAUAAAUAUUCAUGAUCUCUACUUUCUUCAAUUCAAGAAUGGGUCGAAUCUGGAUGACAUUCUGAAUAAUGGGCAUACAUAUAAUGGAUCAAACUGUAUGAAGUUGGAAAGAUGGUUCGAAGAUUUGAACCUAUUAAAUAAACCUAAUUAUACAACACAAAUAUGGUUCAAGCUUUGGAAUAUCCCUGCACACAUGUACAAAACAGAAGUCAUUAGUCAUUUUGCAGGGUUAUUAGGAAAACCAUUAUACAUGGACCCAAAAAUAGAAGGAGGAGAACAUUUAUCAUUUGCUAGAAUUAACAUAGAGUUGAAUCCUCAUAGCACAUUCCCGAAUAAUAUGACAGUGGUCGACAAGAAAGGAAAAUCUAAUGUCAUGGGAAUCACUUAUGAAUGUAGACCAGACAUGUGUGAAUUCUGCAACACUUUCCAGCAUGCCAGCACGAAAUGUGCUGAAGCUAUGGAAGAUGAGCAAAAGAUACUGAAAGACCAAGAAGCAAAAAAUCAGGAAAAAGAAACAAAGGAGUUUAAAAGCAAAGAGAAAAAUGUGGAGGAAGAGAAAGAAGCAGAAACCAAGGAGGACUCUACAAAUGAAGAAAAGGAGGAUACUCAGAACAAUCAAGUUGAAGUAGAUGUUACCAAGUUUGUUGUAGAGGAUACCAUAGAUGAAGCUGAAGGAAGCAAUUACAAGAAUCCUAAGACUGAUCUAGAAAAUUAA